UAAUAGUUGAGGGAAAGAGUGUAGGCUCAAGUCUCAACCAAAACGCACACAAAAACAAAAGAAAAGGAGAAAGCCGCCUCUCUCCCUGGCCAGACGUCUUCUUGUAUCGCCGGAGCUAUACUAGCACUUCGUAAACUCCAAACACAACUGUGCAAAGAAGAGAGAACCGGAGACUUAUACAGUAUCUGUCAGUCCUCUUGUUCCAAUAACAUCGCAAGACAUGGACAAAGGAAAAGCAGUGAUGGGUUCGGGCCGUAGAUGGGCAGUCGAUUUCACUGACAAUUCAGCGGCUCCUUCUUCUCGGGACUUCCCCGAUCCUCCUGGUUUCUCACGCGUUUCUCAAGAUCAGGACGAUUCCACUGUAACUAAGCAAAAAAAGGAUGCUGAAGCUAAUUGGAAAGCUCAGAAAGCUUGGGAAGUGGCACAAGCGCCAUUCAAGAAUUUGCUGAUGAUGGGUUUCAUGAUGUGGAUGGCUGGAAAUACAGUUCAUCUUUUUAGCAUUGGUAUUACAUUUUCAGCUCUUUGGCAGCCCAUAAGUGCUCUGCAAGGGGUUGGGAAGGUUUUUGAGCCAUACAAAGACAGUAAAGUAGAUCUUAUUGGGCCUAAGUUGCUGUUUAUUGCCCUUAAUUUGGGUGGUUUAGCACUGGGCAUUUGGAAGCUUAACACAUUGGGGCUUCUUCCAACGCAUGCAUCAGACUGGGUCUCAUCCUUGCCUCCUGCUCAGGAGGUUGAAUAUUCAGGCGGUGGCAUUCCUCUGCAUUAAUGCGGUUUCUUUUGCAGUUGAUGAUCAAAGGAAUUGGUGAGGUGCAAAGAAAUUCACGAAGAAAUGUGCUAUUCUUGGAUGAUGGCCUGUCAUGUGUGGAUGCAGCCACCAUGCACAGUUCACAUCGCAGAUUGUUUAUGUUGGAUAACAUGGGUGAUAGGCUUUGAUUGGUUCUGGCUACUCCAUAGAGUGUAGUUGACUAUUAAUGAAUGCCAUACUCUCCUCCUUUUCUUUUUCUUACUUAACAACUGAUGAACGCCAUAUUUGUUUCUUUCAAGAACUCAGGUCUGAAAUACUAGCUAUAUUAAGCCAGUGAUAAGUUUCUCUUCA